GCUUAUAUAUUUAUAUAGCUCCACUUUUUGUAGCUGUGUGGACACCCAACACUUUUUAGCCUCCUCACUUUCCAAAUGUUGCGCUGUGUCUGGUUCACUGUGGCGAGCUGUGGCAGGCUGGAACAAGACGGGGAAGAAGAAAAGAACAACCUGAGCGCUCGCUGACGAUUCGAGAGUGACUUUUGGACGUUUUACGCACUGCGCAGCAUGCAGGCGCGCUACUCCGUCUCCAACCCAAACUCUUUGGGGGUUGUGCCGUACAUCGGCAGCGAACAGAGUUACUACCGUGCAGCCGGUGGUUACGCCGGGGUGCCUGCACCGAUGAGCAUGUACUCCCACGCAGCCCACGACCAGUACCAGGCAGGUAUGGCCCGUGCGUACAACCUUCAGCACCAACCUAAAGACAUGGUGAAACCACCGUACAGUUACAUCGCUCUCAUCACCAUGGCAAUCCAAAAUUCGCCGGAGAAGAAGAUUACACUCAAUGGGAUUUAUCAGUUUAUUAUGGAGAGGUUCCCUUUCUACCGGGAUAACAAGCAGGGCUGGCAGAACAGCAUACGACACAAUCUGUCUCUCAACGAGUGUUUCGUCAAAGUGCCCCGAGAUGACAAGAAGCCCGGAAAGGGCAGUUACUGGACUUUGGAUCCGGACUCUUAUAACAUGUUCGAGAACGGCAGCUUUCUAAGGCGCAGGAGGAGGUUCAAAAAGAAGGACGUGCAGAAGGACAAGGUGGAGCGGGAACGGAGCAAGGAGCUCCACGCAGGCCGCACCCCGCCUCAGGAGCAAGAGCCUGUGAAGCCUGUGCGCAUCCAGGACAUAAAGACUGAGAACGGGACCUCCUCGCCGCCUCAAGCCGCGUCACCGGCUCUGAGCGCCGUUCCUAAAAUCGAAAGUCCCGACAGCAGCAGCAUAUCGAGUGGCAGCCCGCACAGCGUGCCCUCCAGUCGGUCACUGAGCAUGGACGGGUCCGCCCAGCACCACCACAGUCAGGCCUCUGCACAGUGCUUCAGCGUGGACAACAUCAUGACUCCCCUGCGGGGGUCUCCUCAGGGUGAGCUCUCCCCGCCUCUCAUCGCCUCCUCUAGGACAGGUAUGACCACCUCCCUGGCGCUCAACUACUCCCCGAACCAGACUUCCUCCUACACGUCCGCCACCUGCAACCACAACUCCACGAACUCAACCUAUCACUGCAACAUGCAGGCCAUGAGUUUCUACACCGGGGACAGAACCUCCGGCACUGUGGACGAGGCUUUGCCCGACUAUUGCAUCACCACCACGACCACCGCGUCCCCGCUUGGCCACGGAAACCUGAGCCCAGCGGGCCAAGAGGGCCACCAUGCCCACCAGGGCAGGCUCGCCUCCUGGUACGGCGACCUGAGCCACUUGAGCGCGGGAUACCCGUCCCAGCAGCAGAACUUUCACUCUGUGCGGGAGAUGUUCGAGUCCCAGCGGAUCGGACUGAACAGCUCCCCGGUCAAUGGGAGUAAUAGCUGUCAGAUGGCCUUUCCGUCCACUCAGUCCAUCUACCGCACAUCAGGAGCUUUUGUUUAUGACUGCAGCAAGUUCUGAGAGCCUCAGCAUCUCUUUAAAAUUAUAACUUUAAUAUAUUCUUCCUUGCAUUAUUUUUUUUUUUACAAAUAUUUUUAAAUGCACAUCCUUAAUGGACAUUUUGCUGUUUUUGUCCAGACGUGUGUUACACCAAAGCACGUAAGUUCAUCCUCUUUUUAAAAGAUGGCUCAGAUAGCUUGCUGGCAAUAGACUUUAAAUUAUCCUAAUAUACUAAUUUAUUUUUGCAGGAGUGAUUGAUGUUUUUUUUUUAAUCCACAUUCCAUAUACUACCUUAAAAUGCCCCCAACUUUAUGGCCAAUUCUGUUUAUUUUAUUCAUAAUAUCUCAUGAGUCAAAACAUUUUUUUUGAAGGCAUUACAUUUUGUUUGUAAUAAAGUGCCCAUGCUUUUAAUUGGAGUGAUUUAUAAAUGCUAUCAAAGUCGACAGAAAAAAUACUGCAAGAUUUAAGCAGUGUUAUUCUAAAUGAAAUUCUAAGGAAAAGCACUACAAUGAGGCCUUUCAUGAGUAUACACAGGGAGUGGUUUAUACUUGCAUGAAAAAGAAAAAUGGUGUAAUUCAGGCUCGCAAUUAAACGUGUGUAUUAAGAAAUGACGUUUAAAAAAAAAAGUUUGGCCACUUCGUGACUUUAAGAACAUUAGCCCCGGUUCUCCCUUGAAAUAUGAUCAAAUGUAAUUGGAUUUCAUUUAGGCAAUGCACGUCGAGAGUAAAUGUAAAUAAACACACGUGCGGCAGUGUGCUGUGGAGCCACUAAAAGGCCUUGUCAGCAAAACACAUCGGUCAUUACGAACUGCACAGGCUUCCGUCUUCCACUGACCACAGCAGGGUUGGGAUGCAAAGUAACGGUGCGUGGAUGCCCGACAGACUGAAUGCAUCAAUAUGAGGCACUGAAUUAAUAAUUGCUGCAUAGAAAAUGAGUACCUUAUAUAUUUAGGUGACGCGGACGCCCCCUCGUUCAUUCACAAAUAUACCAGUCUAAAUUAAAUCAUAUUAUACAUUAUACAUUAUACACUUAUUACAGUGGUGAGCGAGGUUAUGUUCAACGGUUGCAACAAUGCAACAGCAGCGAAUUAUGUCUUUGCAAAGAUAAUACAAAUGCAUCUCAACACAUGAGAAUAUCUGUGAAAAGAUCAUUUAUUUAAUUAGUUCAAUUCAAAAAGUGACACUCUUAUUAUACAGAUUGACCACACGCAGUGAAAUAUUUCAACGACGUAUUUCAUAAUCAGUUUCUCAUCAAAUUUGAUCCAAAUGUAAUAUAAUCUACACUCUAUAAUCAGAAACUGCAUGGGAAAACUUCUGAAGCCUUGAACCCGCGCGGUCUCUUUAUAGGAGGAUAUUCUACUUUAUUGAGCUGCACCUGGACAUGCUCACUUUUAAAUGACACGUGGACUCGUUAUUUUAGCAUCAUAGUAUCAUUUCUGCAUAAUAUUGAAGGCGGUUAAUUUGUGAUUUGCCCACGGGCAAAAUAUGAAAAACACCCCCCUGGAUGUAGUGUACUCCACUGCAAAUUACAACCACAACAAUAAAAGCAUUAUUAAAUGAAUGCCAUUUAUAAUGCAGCUCAUUAGAUUGUGCAGUGUUGAGUGUAGCUUAAAUUAUUAUAUUAUUUAAAAAAAGUGUUAUUUACAAUGAGCAAAUAACAAUGGCAAAAGUAAUACAUUAGAGGCAAAUUAUAUUUACGUGUUUAUUGUUAUUGUCAUGCAUUUGAGCCCUUGCACGUGCAAAGCUCCGAGACGUCAUUGUGAAAGCUGAGAAAAGAAUACUUGUAAAAUAUGACUGUUACACAUGGUUAAUUUAUGAGAGUUGUCAAAUCCUUUUUAAAGCCAUUGAUUUAUGCGACGUUUGAGGCGUUUAUUGUUUUGUUGAAAUGCAGCCUGGCUAUAAUACCGUACGUACUCCAUUAGGCGGUGUAAUCAGCAUCUAAAGAGGACGACUGCAGCUGGUUUCCCAUUUUGCGCGGUACGAACAUAUCACAAUAUUCACUUGACGUUUAAAAUGUAAAAAAAUAGGAGAGAUUCGGAUUUUGAGGGGCUUCUUUCCCUCAACUUGUUUGCAUAUCUCAGUACAUGGAUUCACAGUAAACGCAUUUCAAAUAAUAUGUAUCGGUGUCAUACAACACCUCAUUUGAUAGGAAACGUAUUAUAAACUUCAAAAAUACAUUUCCCCCCCCCCCCAACUUUGAAAAGCCCAUGUGAUUUACUGUAUCUUCUUCCUCACAUUCACACAGACGUUUCCUGUCUGAGGUGUGUUUUCAGCUGAACUCGCUGUUUUGUGUCUCAGCGGAGCAAAGCGAAAUGCUGCCGUAGAGCUUGCUCUGCUCUCCAUCAGUGGCUACCAAACGUUUUUAAGGUAUCGUACCCCUUUAGACAUCUGCAGGUACCCCCUACUCCUUCACAUUUAAAAACAUACACCUUUUUAUCUGAAUUAACUUGAAAUAUUGAACAAUGAGUUGGUUAAUUCAUUUGAUAGUAAUUCCAGGUCAAACGUGCAUUUUGCUGGUGACAUGGUCACAUGCAUGAUCAUCCUACAUAUCUUUUAUUCCAUGUCUUCCGUUUGAAUGGGUUGAAUUUGAGCUUCACUUUUUUUGUUUACUCAAGAUAGCUAUAGUUUAAAUGCAAAGUAAAAAAAACCAAACAAAACAACCAAUGAUAAAGACGAUAAAGCCUAAUUUUUGGGGGAAUCUCCACAUCAUAGUGACAGGUUUACACCACUGCCAUGAUUGUAACACCAAUAUAAUAUAUACAGUAUAUAUACAGUAUAUAUAACACCAAUAUAUAUAACACUCUUAAUGCACAAAAUAAUCAUCAAACGUACUUAUUUGCUCAUAUGAUGCACACAGAGCAACUUCAUGCUCUGUCUCCUUUCUGCUCCCUUCUCCUUGCGCCAUAAGGCGUUCAGGCACACUCGCAUUGUGAGUUUUAGGCAUUUUUAGUCAUGUACCCCCUAUUACAAUUUGUGUACCCCUGUGGGAACCUAGGCUCUACAUCAUGGGUGUCCAAAGUGCGUCACAGGGGGUAUUUGCAUCCCACAGCUGUAUUUUUAUUACCCAUACCCCCCCCCAAACCCGACCCCAGAGGAUAUUCGAUGCAUAAAAUUAAACAUGAAACAUGAAGGAUGAUCAGGGCCACACCGAAAAGAGAAAACGUUAAGAUAUUGAAUGUUUGAACAAUAUAUUACAUCAACAAUAAUAAUGAUUUGAAAUGUAUUUAACAGCUUUGCGCACAUUUACCUUACACUACUGAGGAGUUUUAGUGCGUUUAUUAAAAAAAAAUAUAUCAAAGUGCCCCACAUUGUUCAAUGUUUGUGUCUGCGGCCCUCAGCGGAAAAUGUUUGGGCGCUGCUGCAGCUGCAGGCUUAAAUCGAGUUCAAUCUGCAGAUGGGCACAUUAUGACACACAAGUUGCACUUGAGCUGCUGUACUGGAAUGACAAAUAUGCAAUUUAUUGCCUUAAUUGAAGUCAAACGCUAAGAAAGAAUUUGUUUGUAUUUUUAUUUUGGUUCCUGUGGAUCUAUACUUUCUGCGAGCGAACACAAAUACAAGUCAUAUGCUCAGUUUUAGGAAUAUUUCAUUAAUAACAAAAUAACAUUUUAGAGUUGCAAUAUUUUAGAAUAUAGAAGUAAUUAGGCUCUCAAAAUGUACUUAUUUCUUCAUCUGCAGAAUUUUGGAUCAAAUGUCCCCUUCCUGAAGAAUGAAUUUGAGUGUUGUCUUCACAAAAAGAGUAGUGUAAUAAAAGCAUUUGGCAGGGACUCAGAGACCACCUCUUGAGUUCAAAUUGAGCGUUAGAGCUGCAUAAUCACCCUCAAUGUUUAUUUAGCUCUAUGGGAUCUUUUGAAUAUUUGUUUUCCAGAUUUUGAUCCACUUCACUUUGUUUUCUCGCCAACAAAACGCAUGUGAUCAUAGGCUUGUGUUCAAGUGGUGUGGAGGGCAGACGCACAGCACCUGCGCGCUUUCAGGGGCCCAAAUAAAGUCACAGCGCAUCUGGUUCUCAUUUGCUCUCUGUACUGACUUGGCAUGUCCACCACCAUCUGACACACGCACACACACACACGCACGCACGCACGCACGCAUGCACACACACUCACUAAAAGCGGUUGCUGCAUCUUGAUCGUUUUAAUCAAAGAAUUAAAGAGAACGGUGUGCUUUUCAGAUGUCUUCUGUAAUCGCAUUCUUAGAUUUUAUUCAUGUGUCUUUUGUGCAAGAACAUUGACAAGUUCAAUAAUCUGCAUUCACUUUAUUACUGUAAAUUAUUAUAACAAAAUACUAACUUCAAACAUUGAUUCCUGUUGGCAUAAUUCAUGUACUUCACAAAAACAGAACCGACACACACCAAGAUGCACACCCUAACUUCGCCAUAAUGCAAAACACCGUAACUUCAUGUGGGGAAAAAAGAAAUCUACAAGGCAAAAUUCAGCAAGGUCCUUUUUGCUGUGUGUUGAUUGGAGUGUUGACGUGUUUGUGUCCUAAAAUGGACUUCAUGGUUUGGUCUCAGGCAUUUGGGUUUUCCUUCAUCAGCUGAAUGUCAGCCUCCACCAUUUCCUUCACCAGGCUCUGCAGAUACACAUCACACUUAAAGGUCAGCAAGGAGGGACAACAAGUUGACGUGCACACAGAGACUAUAAAACCAUUGAUGAUUAAAUACGUGACAGACAGACACUUUGCUUUUCACGCUGUCCUUUACAUACCGUCGGUCAUCCCCGGUGUAACCUGAGGGACUUCCAGAGGCACACGUGAACUAUUCAUUAUUGAAUGGGUUAUUUUGAUGCCGCAUGGUGGUGUAGUGGUUAGCAUGUUGGCCACACAGUCAGGAGAUCGGAAAAAGUAGGGUUUGAAUCUCCAUUUGGGCAUCUGUGUGUGGCGUUUCCAUGUUUUCCCCGUGCGUGCGUGGGUUUUUUCCCCGGGUACUCUGGUUUUCUCCCACAUUCCAAAAAUAUGCAUGUUAGGUUAAUUGGAGACUUUAAAUUGCCCCGAGGUAUGAAUGUGAGUAUGAAUGGUUCGUCUGUAAGCGCUCUGCGAUUGGCUGGCAACCAGUCUAGGGUGUACCCCGCCUCUCGCCCAAAGUUAAGUCAUUUAAGGUUACUUUUACCUUCAUUAAAGGCGUGAUUGUUUACAAAGACACGAUGUAGCAGUGAGAUCAACACAGACACACUUUUGUGUUUUGCAACAACUUAUUCUUUUAAUUCAAUAGUGUUGCUCACCUCAAGUCUCUGCUUUUCUUUUGAUCACGGCUGCAAAAUGACUCAAAGUAGAGCCAAAGAAAGUUGCAAGUACCGGUAUUUGAUAAAGAAAAUGAGAAACACUAUUGAAUAGAAGAAAUAACUCAUGGCAAAACACAAAGGUGUUUUCUGUGUCGAUCUCACUUCCACAUCGUGUCUUCCACAUCGUGUAAAGGGAUAGUUCGGAUUUUUUGACAUGAAGUUGGAUGACAUCCCCAUCAGCAGUGUACUACAUCAACAGUGACUUACCCCCUCAAAGUGGUCGCGUGAGUCCGAGUCUGCUAACAAGGUCGUUUUGUGAUUAAAAUACAUUAAAAAACAAGAGAUGCGCGCCAUAUUGUACGCUAACCAGAAAAUGUACUCAAACCGAGGCAAAAUUUAGGCGUAAAUGUUCAACGUUAACCGAAAAACACGCAAAUCGGGGCAUACGGUAAACGAAGUUCGACUAUAUUAGAUUUGUUUGGAUACGGUUUCCAUAUAUUGUUGUACAGGCACAAUAAUAAGUAUGCAUGCAAUUAGUUCAUUAGUAGGGGUGUCACAAGAUCUCGCGAGAUUAAAACGUGACAAGAUUUCUCGUAAAAAAAAAAAGUCUUGUGGGCACAAGGCCUCAAUUAAUAAAUCAAUUAAUCACAAAAUAAACGAAAAUGACCUUGAUAAUUUUGCUGAAUAUAUCGUCAUGUGCAUGCAUGUUUUCCUCCUCUCUCUCGCCUCCAAACAGGCAGGAAGAGAUUAUCACUACUUAUCAAAGAUGACCAUCAUUAUCUUUGUAAUGUGUUCACACCAAGCUGACACGCACCUCAAAAGUCACCUUUGGCUUCCAACCCAGCUUCUGGCCUGCUUUAGUGCUGUCACCUUGCAGGUAAUCCUAGCAGGACAAAGAGGAGAGAAAGUGAAGACCAUAAUUGAAAACAAUUUUAUCGCGUGUAUCAGGUCGGCCAUGCAUAGCAGAGAUGGAACAAGUAGUAUGCACGUCGUUAAUGUGUGCAUAUACAGUUCAGCACACACAUACUGAAUUCAAUUCUGUGUGGUUUGUGUUUCUUUUACACACACACACACACACACACACACACACAUACAUACACACAAGGAGAGAAGGAAGGAGUGUCGCUGCCUAUCAAUCUCCUUUUUCCGAUUCCCACCACCAACCCAUGUCCAGACGGUCACACUCUUUCGGUGACAGACCUUGAUGAAUUAUGGGACUCUGGUGACUUAACCCCCAGUAGGGAUCAUCUACUCAUGAUCCCUCCCGCCUCGUCUCAACAGCCCCUUACUCAUUUUGUCCCUUUCUCCCUCUUUGUGCCGGGUUCAAGGCCCACUGAGACCAUGUUUGAGACCACCAAAGAGAGACAAGAUUUCCUUAUACGUCCUCUACUUCUCUAAACUGUUUCUGUUGCUCCCUGUGGCCUGCACAUUCUGAGAAACACACGUACGCCUCGAGACGUUGGAUGAAACACAUGGUGAAACCUGAUCCUAGAAAAUCUGGUAUCUCAAAUGAAUAACGACAUUUAUUCUAAAGAUUAAUUGACUAAAUUGAUCACUAAUGCACAGGAAAACCUGAUACAUGAUUUUUAUCAUAUUGUUGUUUAUUUAAUAGCAUUGCGUUUAACACCAUUUAUGUCAUUCUGUUUCUCUGUGGACUGGCAUUCGUGAUGCACUGUUUUAUAUUUCAAAAGUAUAUAAAAAUGUGGACGUGACACUCAGACGUGUCAGUGUAGAUCUUAUUUCACACCAGUGGCGUUGUUAGGUCCAUUUUAGGGGGCUGGAGCCCCCCUAAUUAAUUUGGUUUGGUUUUAUGUUUAAAUAUAUACAGUAUAUUAGGGCUGUCCAAUGAUUUAAAGUUUUAAUCAGAUUAAUCAUGGUUUUCAAAUUAAUUAAUCAUGAUUAAUCACCAUGUUAAACUAUUUUUACGGUAUUUUAUGAAAGGAAGAUAACUGACAGGGCAGGGUUAUAUGUAUAUUUGUACGUAUCGACAGGGCCAAAUGAACUGAAAGUUUAAAUCAAGUUAAGAGAUGGCACACAUGUCUGAAAAUCUAUUUACCCAACACUGGUUUCUUUAAUAGCAGAAUAUUUGAAUCAGACUGUAACUGUUAUUAUGAGCAAUGAAGAGCUGCGUUCAAAGACACCACGUCAUUUAAGUUGAACUCACGUUUUGAGUUUAUUUUCUGGGAUUUCUGAGCAUACUUAGAUGUGGCAAAUUGUAGGCCUACUUCUGUAUUAAGAGUUACAAAAGUGAGUGAUAAGAAUAUCCACUUAUUGUUUUUAUUUGCAUUUCUGUUUAUAUAGACCACACAUACACACAUAAAGAUGUUGUUGUGAUGUUUGGCGUGUCGGCGAAUGCAUCUCGCGAUCUGUCUAGUGACAGUGAGGAAGUGUCGCUGCAAUGACGAAUGGGCUGGAGACGUGUUUGUUCGUUGUUGGAGACACAUACAGUAUAUGGUGUUGGAAGUGCACUGCUCUUAAUGUGUUCAGGUCAGAAUAAAGUUCUAAAAGAGCGUCAAACACUGUGUGACUCUGUGAGGAGCUAUAAUGUGCCGCGUCUGUCGUCAUAACAGACAUGCGUAUGUGUGAAUUA